AUGGAGAUGUUUGAUAGUCGUGAUUAUGCGUGUUUGGUUGAGAUAUCGCCGAGAAAAGAGGAGGACGGUGUUAAGAGCAGGAGGACUACGAGGACGGGCGGGAAGAUGGAGGAUAAGGUCGUGGAGAGGCAAGCAGUCAAGCAGGCGCUGGGUUAUGCAGAGGAGGGCGACGAGAACGAGGGAUGA